AUGCUUACCAGAACUGUUGCGGCCGUUUCGGCCCUGUCACUCUUUGCUUCCUCUGCUUUUGCUGUUGAUGCCAGCUUGAAGAACAAUGUUGCUGUCUACUACGGACAAGGUUAUAACCAGCCUCGCCUAAGACACUUCUGUGACCAGACCUCAAACGAUAUCAUCAACCUCGGGUUCAUCAAUGAGUUCCCUACUGCUGUGAACGAUUGGCCCGGUAGCAACUUCGCCAACCAGUGUGAUGGAACCCUCUUCGACGGUACCAACUUGCUCAGUGGCUGCCACCAGAUCUGGGAGGAUAUUCCCUACUGCCAGGAGUUGGGCAAGACUGUCCUUCUUUCCAUCGGCGGUGGCACUGCCACUGCCCAGUACCUCAAGGACGAUGAAACUGCCGAGUGGUUUGCUGAUUUCUUGUGGCACUCUUUUGGUCCUUACGACCUGGCCAACAGUCUCGGGUACCCUCGCCCAUUCCUGACUGCCGGUGUUGAUGGAUUCGACUUUGAUAUUGAGUACAACGGAGGCGUUGGAUGGGCUGCUAUGAUCAACCGCCUGCGCUCCUACUACGACCAAUACCCCCAGCAGAAGAUGUACAUCUCCGGUGCUCCUCAGUGCCAAAUCCCCGAUGCCCAACUGAGCGAUGCUAUCAAAAACUCCGUCUUCGACUUCAUCUGGGUCCAGUUCUACAACACUGAUGCCUGCUCUGCCCGCAACUGGGUCGAUGGCCACGGCGACUUCGACUUCGGCCGGUGGGUUGAGGUUAUCGAGGCUAGUGCCAACCCCGAUGCUAAGCUCUACAUCGGUCUGCCCGCCUCCUCGGACGCUGCUAACGAGGGAUACUACUUGACCCCUGAUGAGGCUGAGCCCCUGAUCUCCACCUACAUGAAGCUGUACCCCAAGCACUUCGGUGGUGUCAUGCUGUGGGAGGCUACUGCCGGUGACAACAACGUUAUUGAUGGUCUCACUUACACUGAGCAUAUCAAGGAGAUCCUGUACAGCUGUGCUCCUCCUGUUGUCUCUUCCACUGCCACUCCUACCCCCAGCUCCACUGCCACCCCUAUCAAGUCUUCCACCGUUCCUCCCUCCAGCUCUGCUACCCCUACCAGCUCGCCUGCCAGCUCUCCUGCUGCCUCUUCCACUGUGUCGCCUUCGUCGUCUGCUGCUCCUAGCAGCACUCCUUCGUCUGCUCCUUCGAGCUCGGCUUCCCCCAGCGCCUCGGUGUCCCCCAGCUCUCCUGUUGGCACCGUCUCGCCUUCUAGAACACCUUCCGUCACCCCCAGCUCCCCCGCUGGUACUGUGUCUCCUUCCUCCUCGGUACCUGUGACUCCCUCCGGAACUCCCUCUGUCACCCCCAGCUCCCCCGCUGGUACCGUGUCUCCUUCCUCCUCGGUACCUGUGACUCCCUCCGGAACUCCCUCUCUCACUCCCAGCUCCCCUGCUGGUACCGUGUCUCCUUCCUCCUCGGUACCUGUGAUUCCCUCCGGAACUCCCUCCGUCACCCCCAGCUCCCCCGCUGGUACCGUGUCUCCUUCUUCCUCCGCAGCGGUGUCUCCCUCCGUCUCCCCCAGCAAGCCAGCUUCCUCCGUUUCCCCCAGCGGCAGUGCUUCUAGCUCCGCCGCCUCAUCCACUGACUGCGAGACCUCCGAGACCCCCUCGGCCUCCACCCCUGCUAGCAGCCCUGCCAGCAGCCCCGUGGCUUCUUCCGGACAUCCCAGCCACACUAUUACUGUGACUGCCCCCAUUGGAACUCCCACUCCCAGCUCCCCCGUUGGCCCGGGCUCCAAGUCUAGCUCCAGCUCUACUCCUCUGGUCACCGGUCACUCUUCCAGCGUGACCCCCAGCAGCUCUGCUUCCUCCGCUACUGACUCUGGUGCCUCUUCCGCUACCAGUGCUCAGUCCACUGGUGUCCAGCCCACUGGCGCUCAGUCUUCUGGUGCUCAAUCCACUGGCGUUCAGCCCACCGGCGCUCAGUCUUCUGGUGCCCAGUCUUCCGGUGCUCAGUCCACUGGCGCCCAGUCCACUGGAGCUCAGUCUUCCGGCGUCCAGCCCACCGGCACCGGAUCCUCCUCCGGAAUCACCAUCACAAUCCCCGUGACCCCGACUCCCUUGCACACCACCUCCGCCGAGACCAUCACCACUGUGAUCGUCACCUCCUAUACCAGCAUCUGCCCCACCGGUUUCACCACCAUCACUACCACCCUGACCAGCUACUACUGCCCCGGCAAUACCCCGGCCACCGCUACCGCGACUGGCCCUGCCGCAAUUGGUACUGGUACUGCUGGUGUGACCGCUCCUACCUCCGGCCCGGCUACCACCAGCCCCUCUAUCCCUGAGGGCUGGACCACCACUGUCACUGUCUGCACUGUUUGUGCUGCCACUCCUACCACUGUGACCCUCACUCUGCCUCCUGCGCCUACCACCACUGGUGUUGCUGCUGAGACUACUGCUGCCACUGCCACUGCUACCGCUCCUGCCCAGGGCUCUGGCUCUGGCUCGGGUUCGGGCUCCAGCUCCGGUUCCAACCCCGGCUCUGGCCAGGGUGAGGGUUCCAGCUCCGGUUCCAACCCCGGCUCUGGUUCAUCUAGCCAGGGUGAGGGUUCCAGCUCUGGCUCUUCCGGCCAUGGCUCUGGUUUCGGAUCCGGGUCCAGCCCCGUUGGACCUGCGUCUUCUUCCAAGGGCAUCUCCAGCACUCCAGUUGCACCUGUCCGCCCAGCCAAGACCUCGUCGACCCUGGCCUUCCGCCCCUCGACUGUCGCUACCAACACCCCUGUGGCGCCGACCAGCACUAGCAACCCCGAGGGCGUUUCCCCAGUCUACACCGGCGCCGCCUCCAAGGCCAACGUCACCGGCCUCUUCGGCUCCCUCCUCGCCGUCGCUCUCUCGAUGUUCGUCAUGUUGUGA